AUGGUUGAGGUCGAAGAAGAAGAAACUCCAUCUUUGAGAAAAUACAAGUCUUGUUGUGUUCAUGAGCACAUUCAAAAUCAGUGCUUAGAGCUGGGAAAAGAAUAUUACUUUAAGGUUCUAGAUUUUGGGCACAGAACUCAGAGAAGAGCAGAUUCCAAUUCCUUCUCGUCGACUAGUAAUCCUGCACGUGGAAUGGCUUUACAUUUAGAUUCCGAUUCCUUCUCGUCGACUAGUAAUUCUGUUGAUCAAAACAGAAAUGAAGAGGUUAACCAUCUGAGGUCUCUCUUACUCUUGAAUCCGAAGGAUCGUCAGGUGAAGUUUGAAUGGCGUCGAAAAAUGUUUAAUCUGAAGAGGUGCAGAAUGCUGAGGGUUCUAACUUUUGAACGGGUUGACUUCCAAGAGAGAGGUCUACCUAGCAAAAUGACAUGGCCAACCUACCUUAGGUAUCUGAGUUUCAAAGGAUGUAUUCUGAGGGUGUUGCCAUCAUCAAUAGGGAUUUUGGAGGAUCUUGAGCAGAUUGUCGGCUGGGACGUGACUUCAGUACAUGCAAGUACCUUAUGUCUUUCCAUUAAGAUCAAAAACUUUGACUGUUAUACAGAAAAAAGGCAUUCAGUUUUUAGAAAACUACUCAGUUGGCAGAUUCUUCAUAGCCUGCAUAUGGAUGGGCAUCUUGGACAGAUACCUCUACACAAUAAAAUCACUUCAAGCCUGACUGAGAUGGUCUUGAUAGGCUCUGAACUUAAGGAAGACCCUAUGGCAACUUUGGACAAGCUCCCGGAAUUGCAGGUACUAGAAUUGCAAGACGACGCAUUUGCAGGAAAGAAAAUGAUAUGCGUUAAAUCUGGUUUCAAGAAACUCAAACGUUUAGAACUCUUGAAUUUGCAUUUCUUGGAGACGUGGGAGGUGGAGGAAGAAUCCAUGCCUAUGCUUUCCGUUUUAGCAGUUAAAAACUGCGGGAAUUUGAAAAUUCCACCGCAGCAUGAAUUGAGGAAUCGAUUUCCAUCAAAAUCAGUUGAAAAUGACAAUUAG